AAUCUUUUUCACAAAUUAUAUCAGACAGGUUACAUUAUAUUGUUAUUUUAAUACUAAAGUAAGGUACCAGUACCUUUCAUUAACAAAAGUCCUAAAUUAGUUAUAUAGUUAUACCUAACUAAAUGACAUAGUUAUACCUAACUAAUUUUCUGUAUCAGUAACAUUAGAAAAUAGCAAUGGUUGCUACUAAAAUUAUUGGCUAUUUACAUCUGGUGUUUUGAUACUUGUGGCAUUCGGUGGAUUGUAAAAUGACAUAAUUCUAUGACAUCCAAUACAGGAAAUAAUUAAAUUUUGAGCCCUUUUCAUUGUUCAUGCUGUGUAUUUAUGCUUUGUAUUGAAAUGAAGCCUAAAUGUAUCAGUCUUUAAAAACUGCAGUGUAUAGGAAUAUUUAAUUUAAAUAAAGUUUAUAUACCGAAGGGGGGGAUGGAAUCUUCAUCAGACGGCCAUAAACUGGCCAAAACUGCAAGUGGUUUGCGUAUGAUUCCUGUAUCAGAUAUGUAUGCUUCUCCAUUUGCUCUGUCUGAGCCGCAAUGGGUUUCUGAUAAAGACUGCAAUGCUUGUGAGUCGUGCAAAAAGUCUUUUGACUUUUUCAACCGUCGCCAUCACUGCAGACGUUGUGGUUUAUGUUUUUGUGAUAACUGCACUCAUUAUGUCCUGCCACUCAAAAGAAUGUACUUCAUGGACCCAGUCCGGCAUUGCUAUGACUGUGCUGUAAUUUCAAAAGCUGAAACCGAGUUUUACGAAAAAUCUAUCCCUGCUCUAACACAGGGUACACUGAUGUCCGUAUCAGAACCAAUUGCUAAUUCCAGUGAAAGCUUUGGAGAAUUUGACUGCAAACUUUCAAAAGAUCAUCGAAUUUUAAAGCUGGUUCAUACAAAGAAGUCAAAAGCUGAUGCCAACCCACCAAAGAUCAUACUGUCCAAACUCCUUGAAAUAAAGUUCAUUAUUACUGAUUCUGGAGAUGCAGGAACACAGAAGACACCAGCUGGGUUUAAAAUCACAUAUAAAGAUGAAGAAGACAGUGCAAUUACACACUCUCUUAUUCUCAGGGCAGUUGAACCAAAAUCAUCACUUCCGUGGCUAAGUUCAUUCCAGAAAGCUAUUAAAAUGCUCUUCGAGGCAAGAAAUGUUGCAUAAAAUGGAACACAUACUCAGGCCCUGUAUUUAUCAUUUAUAUAUAUAUAUGUCAUACUUGCAUUACCGUCUAUUUUUUUACUAGUAAUAAAAACUAGUGCAGUGGUCCCAACAUUUUUUGGUGCAUUUCAUUUGGUAAUUGUGGAACUUAUCAUUUAGUUGUUCAUAAACAUUAAUUCAAAGUGGUUUAAAGAAUUGAAGUAGCAAGUGCCUUUUAAACCUGGUACUACACUGGUCUGAUAAUAAACACAAUGAAUAACUUCGGUUUGUUACCAUUGACUAGUGUAUCAUUAUCAUACCUAUCUAACAGCCACUACGCAUGCACAAUGCUUAAUCACUGCAUUAAACUGUUACAUGUUUCAGUUAUAGUUUUACUGUAAUAUUGUAUCUUUAAAAAAAAAAUAUGUUCAUCUAAUGAACUGAUAUAUUUUAGUGCCUGGUAGUUUUCUAACAUAGAAUUAUAUUGCAACAUCAGCUUUUAAUAAAGUAGGCUAUCACUUAUAACAAUAGGUAGUGUUUAUUUAUUAUUUAUACAUAUCUUACUUUACCAUUACCACUAUAUAUUGUAUUAAACCGCAUGUCUAAAUAUGUAUAUGCCCCAAUCACAGUGUUAUUUGAAUGUCAAUUGCAUUUUAUGUAUUCGUCACAUUAUGUUACA